CUGGUGGGAGUGGUAAUUGGGGUCUUGAACUCACGGGUGACGUGGCCCUUACGUGAGCAGGAGCUGACGUUUGCAGGCGUCCUUCUAAUUCUGGUCCCGGUUUGGUCCGGUUACCAGCUCCAUAUUACCCAGAGGGCGGGCCGGGCCUGUGGCCAGGGAAGGAGGAGGAGGUAACUGCCCGAAUCCCAGCAGGUUGCAGGACACAGUGGACUUCCAGGCAAGGAAAAGAAGGAAGAAACUGCCUGGACCUGUGCUGGUGUAUGUGGGGGUGCCACUACCCCAAGACAUCUGGAGGGGUAGGGGAGGUUCCACUGUAUCUGCAAGCUGCAACCGGGCCUGCCAGCUGUAGCUGAAGACUCCACCCCCAACGUAGGAGCAACCCCACUCUACCCUGGUUGAAAAUUUGGUUCAGAAGUUCACCCCAGCAUGGGCCGUACUCGGGAAGCUGGCUGCGUGGCCGCUGGUGUGGUUAUCGGGGCUGGUGCCUGCUACUGCGUGUACAGGCUGACCUGGGGAAGAGAUGAGAAUGAGAAAAUCUGGGACGACAAUGAGGAAGACGAUGAAGAAGAAUCUAGUGAUAUUGUAGAGACUGGUGUCCAGACUGGGAAAGGAGCUAAGGCUAAUGCUGGGGUGGGGGCUGGGGUUAGACUUCAGGAUGAAUCAAAGGUCAAGGCUGAGGUGGGCAUGGAACUCCAGAAUGGUUCAGAUGUAAAGGCAGAGGCCCACUUGGGGGCUCAGAGUGGAGGUGGCCUAGAGGCCAAGGCCAAAGCCCUUUUCAGCACUCUGAAGGAACAGGCAAGUGCAAAGGCCAGCAGAGGAGCCAGGUUGGGCACUAUCUCUGGGAACAGGACCCUUGCACCCAGUUUACCCUGCCCAGGAGGCCGGGGUGGAGGCUGCCACCCCACCAGGAGUGGGGCUAGGUCUGGAAGUAGGGCAAGUGGAAAAACCAAGGGAAGGACCCGAGGUAAGAGCACCAGGACUCCAGCUACAUCAUGGCCUGUUCGCAGGGGCAAGUUUAACUUUCCCUAUAAAAUUGAUGAUAUUCUGGGUGCUUCUGACCUUCAAAAGGUUCUUAACAUCCUGGAACGAUCAAAUGAUCCUUUUAUUCAAGAAAUAGCCUUGGUCACUCUGGGUAACAAUGCAGCAUAUUCUUUUAACCAAAAUGCCAUUCGUGAAUUGGGUGGUCUUCCAAUUAUUGCAAAACUGAUAAAAACAAAAGAUCCUAUUAUUAGGGAAAAAGCUUACAAUGCCCUUAAUAACUUGAGUGUGAAUGCUGAAAAUCAGGGGAAGAUUAAGACAUAUAUCAGUCAAGUGUGUGAUGAUACCAUGAUCUGUCGCUUGGAUUCAGCUGUGCAGAUGGCUGGACUAAGACUGUUAACCAACAUGACUGUGACUAACCAUUACCAACAUUUGCUUUCCUAUUCUUUUCCAGACUUUUUUGCUUUGUUAUUCUUGGGAAAUUACUUCACCAAGAUUCAGAUUAUGAAACUAAUUAUAAACUUUACUGAAAAUCCAGCCAUGACGAGAGAGCUGGUCAGUUGUAAAGUUCCCUCAGAAUUGAUUUCCCUCUUUAAUAAAGAAUGGGACAGAGAGAUUCUUCUUAAUAUCCUUACUCUAUUUGAGAAUAUAAAUGACAACAUAAAAAAUGAAGGGCUCGCAUCAUCUAAGAAGGAAUUCAGCAGAAGUUCACUUUUUUUCUUAUUCAAAGAAUCUGGAGUGUGUGUUAAGAAAAUCAAGGCAUUAGCAAAUCACAAUGAUCUGGUGGUGAAAGUAAAAGUCCUAAAAGUAUUGACCAAACUCUAAUUUGGCGUAUGGCCCAAACAAUAUUGAGAUAAUUUUUCACUGUGCACUGGGAACAGUGCAUUUUGUAAAUUCUUUGUUUUCCACUGUGCUUACAUGACAAUGAGAUCCUUUUGGCUCCUACUCUGGAAUAAUGAAUAUCAAGAGUCAUCAGUGAUGUUACUUGUGGUGGCUGGUUUCAGUAUGGAGCAUUUUAAUGAUUUAUUGAAUACUAGAGCUUGUGUAAAGAAAGCAUUUAUUGAUUCCAUCUUGCUACCUAGAUUGAGAUAUUUUUUACUCUUUCCUCUACCUAAACUGACAGCAGACUAAUCAUAAAUAAGCUACACUUUUGUAUUGGUUUACAUUUGUUAAUCUUCGACUUGUGUUUCAUCAAUAAAGUUGUGUGUUUUAGCCAGCAAAAAA